AUGACCGGCAUCUUAACCUUGAUUAUAAGUGGCCUUCUGGCCUUUCUUAUCAUCAGAAGUAUUUAUCGGUUGUACUUUCAUCCCCUCAGCAAAUUUCCCGGCCCCAAGCUUGCAGCUGUGAGCAGUGCAUACGAAUUCUAUUUCAACGUCAUAAAGAGGGGGAAAUUUGUCUGGGAGCUCGAACGCCUUCACGAUGUUUACGGGCCCAUUAUCCGGAUCACUCCCCGAGAGAUCCACAUUAAGGAUUCAAGUUAUUAUGAUGAGAUAUAUGCAUCCAACUUACGGAGACGAGAAAAAGAUGCCCUCGUAGUAAAAAAGUUUGAUCUUGAUGGAUCGGGGUUCUCCGCCAUCUCGCCAGAGCUCCAUCGCCAGCGUCGUGCGCCACUAGAACGGUUUUUCUCAAAGGCUGCAGUGGCCAAAAUCGAAAACUCGAUUCGAUCCCACCUCGACAAGUUCUGCGACCACCUCCGGCGCGCCUACGCUUCCCACAAUGUCGUCCCUCUCGACGCGGGCUUCUCCGCAUUGACUUCGGAUAUCAUCCAUCAAUAUUCAUUUGGGUUCAACAGUGGUAAUCUGGACCAAGAAAAUUUCAAUGAACAUGUCAGAGAUGGGAUCAAUGCGCUCUUCACACAGAGCCACAUUGCUUUCUUUUUCCCCAUUAUCCCUAUGAUUAUCAAUGCCCUACCACUUCCACUGCUAGAGAAGCUUAACCCAUACGCUUUUGCUCUGGUAUCACAGAAGAAAGACCUCCAUCGGCGAUCAGCAGAGGCCCUUGAAGGGAAGACCAACAACGGUUCGAUCAUUGAGUUUAUCGCUGGUGCUCACAUGCCGCAGCAUAUGCGCACGCCCAAUCGACUCGCGGAUGAAGGACUGGCUCUGAUCAUUGGAGGCACUGAGACGACUGCCAGAUCUCUUGGACUUGGCAUGUAUCAUCUCCUCCGCAAUGAGAAUAUCAUAGCUAAGUUGCGAGAGGAGCUGCGAUCUGUGAUGCCCACGCCCGAGUCUAGGCCUACUUGGAAUCAGCUUGAGCAGCUGCCUUAUCUUUCUGCUGUUAUUUCGGAGAUCCUGCGUGUGUCUACGGGCAUUGCAAGCCGAUCGCCUCGUGUCGCGCCGUCAGAGACCCUGAUAUACAAGAACUAUCUCAUUCCACCGGGGACACCGGUCAGCGAGACCAACUACUUUGUCCUCAUGGACCCUGCUAUCUUCCCGAAUCCCCACGUUUUCGACCCAGAAAGAUGGCUGCGUGCCGCAGCGAAAGGCGAGCGAUUGGAUCGGUACCUAGUCAACUUUUCCAAGGGUAGCCGAAUCUGUGUGGGAAUGAAUUUGGUCUAUGCUGAGCUUUAUUUGAUUCUUUCGACGCUAGUUCGUCGGUUCGAUCUGGAGCUACACGAGACGACUGAAAAGAAUAUUGGCUUUGCUCGUGACUUUGGCACACCAUACCCCGAAGAAGGAAAUUUUAGUGUUCGAGUCAUAGUGACUCGGGUUAUUCAGGAGCCGAUUAUCGAGGAGAGACGUCACACAAAGUCCGCUUAUCUCCGAAAGCUUGUUUUCUCUUGCGAGGCUCACCUUUUCGACUUUGAUGGCCUCACUUUGCUUCGCGCCGUCGAUCUCUCAUUUGGAUCAUUACUAUUCAUCAUGCCUACCGACCAGCAUGUCAGCGCAGCUCUGUCGCUCAUCGAGAACGACAAGACCAAGAUCUUGGGCCUGAAUGUCGGCCCCCACAGGAACGUCCAGCCGGGAGACUACAUUCCUCGCGCCGAUGCCCAGACUCCUCCCGAAUUUUUCUUCCCGGGCCUGGAUACCUCCAAGACCUACCUGAUCGUCGGUCUGGACAUCGAUGCUCCCUUCCCGUCCUUUGGUGUACUGGGACCCAUCCUCCACUGGAUUCAGCCUGGCGUGAAGAUUACUGAGAGCUCUACUCUCGACACCAGCGCCCCAUUCAUCGCUAAUUACAUCGGCCCUGCUCCUCCUCCUGGUAGCUCACCUCACCGCUACAUCUUUUUCCUGUACGAGGAGCCUGCUGGCUUCGAACCCAAGAAGUAUCCCCGCGGAUGGCAAGACCCUGAGCAACUGGUACCGCAUGCGCUACGAUCUUGA